AUGCCGAUUCGCGAGCUGAGUGCGGAGCUCGUUAGCGAAAUCGUUGAGAGCUAUGGACAAAUCACCAAGCUCAACCUGGCUACAAACGAUAUAUCCCGCGUCGAGAACCUGGAGAGACUGACUCGUCUUUCAAACCUCGACCUCUUCUGCAACCGACUGGGGUCCGUCCCGGGUAGCCUCGACGGCCUGGCGCUUCUGACGCGCCUCAAAGACCUCGACAUCUCCGAAAAUUCAAUCACGAGCUUACAGCCGCUUUUGUCGGCGCCGGCAUCGCUGCUACGGCUCAACGUCGCCAACAACUCCAUCGCAGGAGUCGAUCAGGUCUCCUAUCUGGCCCCUCUCUCUGCCCUCACGGAGCUUGUUCUCGCCGGGAACCCGUUGGCAGCGGAAGACGGCUACCGCGGCCGGAUCUUGCGCGCGCUGCCCUCCUUGACAGCGUUGGACAACGCCGACCACGACGUGGCCGGAGCGGUUAUGUCGUCUCUGGCCGCCGAGAAGCGAGGGCCGGAGGACGUGUCUGGGAAGAGCCCGUCCGCGGAACCGGACUCGGCGUUGCCGGUACCGGGCUCUAGCGGUUCGAUGCCGGCGGGGGCGGCCGGGAUGGCCGAGACGGAGAGGGAGUCUCGGCAGGUGGAAGAACAGCGCGGCAGGGGAAGUACGGCAGAGACAGGUGAUCCCGGUGAAAUUGCUGCGGGUGCAGUGAGCGCUGGAAGAGCUGGGACGGGAUGGGUGGUACCCCUCCCGUCUUCCCAGCUGGCAGGCGAAGGGCGAGGGCUGCUAUUGCAGGCGGAUGCUCGAGCGGUUACUCGGGCGGGGAUGCCCGUGGGAGCAACAUCUGCGACCUUGGCAUUACGCCAGAGCGGUAUAGGGAACUGGGAAGCAAUCGGCGGUGUUUGUUCUGACAUAGGAGCGGACAGUCGAAGCGGGUAUGAAACGGUGGCGGCAGCACCGAGCGAGGAGCCGGUUGCCCCACCCGACGCUGUGCACGACGGUGGCGGCUUGCCGGAGUCUCGUCUAGCAGUUGAAACGGCACGAGCGGCCGUCGGAGUGCUGGGGAGGAGGCAGCACGAGACGGCGGUGCCCGACAGGGGCACUGAUCACCUUUCGGAAGUCGAGGCCGUCGCGAGUGACGGCCCGCACGCCCGGUCGGAUAUGCUGCCGGGCGUGCCCACCUCCGUUGAUCCACCGAUGGGGACUCAUCUCCCGAUAGCUGAAAGCGAGGCACGGGGGGUUCCUCCUCCCGUCCUUUCCGGUGACAACCGCGUCAGCGUCGAUGAAGGAAGCGGAUGGGCGGCGAACGGGGCUCCUCCGCCACACCGACGCUUGUCGGGAGUAGGGAGCAGCUGGGAAAGCUCCUUGGAGGGCGAACACUUGCUUGGGUUCGGGUACGACUAUCUCGGGUCUGCGGCGGGCGCGGGGGGUACAGGGAACGCGCGCACCACAGGGGGCGACCGCUCGGAAACCGUGAGAUAUGGCGCGGCCCUCUCUGGUGAUCGCCGUCAGGUGCUGUUGGCGCCGGAAGCGGCCGCUUUCACGGCGCUGGGAGGGAGAGGGGACUUCGAGGGCGGCCACGCCGCCCAUCCUGCCGACAGCGGUAGUGGCGUUGUCGACUGCCGCGUAGUAUCCUUCGGGAAGGAGACCGGGCACGAUGGACAGAACCGUUUCGAUCGACACCCGUCCGCUCAACUCCCGGGCGCAGGCUAUUCAGCCAGGCGUGGUGGGCCUGUUGUCGGUCUUGUUGGGGGACCAAAGCAACACCGUACGGGAUUGGUCGAAUACUCUCUUGGGUUGGGGCGGGAGGGGGAGGGGGUACUCAAGCCGCUGCCCCGUUCAGCGGUGCCCCUGAAGACCGGGACUUGGGGGGAGGUUCCGCCGGAAGUUCAGCCUCGGCGGCAAGCAGGGGGACACGCCGGAGGGAAGGCGGCUGUUGGAGGCGAGCGGGAGGUGGCGAUGGUCGACAGUGGCGAGUGGGAGGCGCUGAGGCGUGAAAAUGAGGACCUGCGGCGGCAGGUUGCGCUGUCGGAGAAGAGGUGCGGCGCCCUCUCGGAGAUGCAACGCCUUGCGGACGACGCCCUCGCCGCCACGCACCCGCUCCCGUUCUGCUCACCGCCCGCGGGCACAACGGCACCAGAACGCCCGCCACCGCCGCGCCAGGAAGCGACCGACGGUGCACUUUCCCCGGCGUCUUCCGCAGAGGAAGGAGAGGAACGGCGCCGAGAACGGUGCGCAACGGGCGAGGGUGGCGACGAGGACGGGGAGGCCGCGUCCGGCGGGGGCGGCGGCUGGGGCGGAGGGCAGGCGGCGGUGGCCAGGCUGCUGGCGGCCUGGAGGGCCGAGGUCCUAAAGCUGCUGCUGCAGAGGGGCGUGGAUGCGGAGGUUGCCGCGGAGGAGUCUCGCGAGGCCCGGCGGGAGGUGGUGGAGGCGAGAGAGGCGCGGGCUCGCGCGGAGACGGAGGCCAAGAGCUUGACCCAGCGUGCUCUUGCGGCGGAGGCUGAGGCCGAGCUUUCCGGCAUUAAGCUGACGCGGGCCUUCGAGGAGCUAAGGGAAGAGCGGACAGGGCGAUGCGCAGGCGAGGCGUCGAGCGCGGGGUACUCCGUGGCUGUUCGCGACCUGCACGAAUGGGUACAAGGCUUCCUUGGCCGAGCCAGCGAAGGGGUGUUCGAGAGAGAGGCCCUGCUCGCUAGAGGAGUUGCAAAGCUAGAGGCUUUCUCAGAACGGCUGAGCCAGGCUCAUGGAAGAGUACAGGUUCUCGAGACCCUCUUGCGACACAAGGAGAUCCGGCUACGGAACAGCCGCGCCGCCCUGGCUGCGGACCGAAGGGUGUGGCUGCUGGAGCGCCGAGACCGAGAGCUCGCCGCUCUCUCAGAAGAGGCCGCCCGCCGCCCGCCGCCCUCCGCGGCCUCCCCCGCGUCGCGGCGGAAACCCCACCGACCCGUCGGCGGCGGCGGCGGCGCCGGGGAUUCAUCAUCAUCAUCAUCAUCAUCAUCGCGCCGCACGGAUGCUGCGGGAGGCGAGUCGUCGGGGGGCGCCGAUGGCGGCGGCGGAGCGUGGGGUGGGGGAAGGGGCAGUGCGGCGGUGGCGGCGACGCAGCCCCCGCUCCUGGAGGGUCUAAGGCCGGAGUGUGAGGCCGUCAUGCGUGCGCUUUUUUGCAGGGUGGACAGGCUCGGGACGGGCGCCGUACGGGCACGCCGCCUCCUGGACGUGCUCCGGUCGGACUGCGGCGUGUCCGAGGUGAUGGAAGCCGCGGUGGGCAAGUCUCGCUGGAGAGCCGCCCUCGACUCGAUGGAGGCGACGCUUUGCCACCCCGUCGCCGACUCUUGCACCACGAACGGCGACGGCGGGUCGGCCGCUCAGCGUGCUACUACCACCGCCGGUGGUGGUAGUAGCACUCGUUGCUCAUCAGAGCGCGACGUCACGUGGGGUGAGUUUCUCCUCUUCUUCCUGCCGCCCGCCGGGAAUGCGGACGAUGCUUACAACGCCGGCCUGAUCUCCCGCUUCCCCGGCGGUAGCGGCUGCCGGGGCGGGUUUCCAGACGAACACGCCUCCGUCCGUGAUGCCGGUGGUGGCGGCGGCGGCGGCGGACGGCCACCCUUCGGGGCAGUCUCGGAAGACGCCGCCGCCAUGUUGCAGAUGGUCGUGCCCACUCAUUGGACCGCCGGCGGGGGGCAGGGGGGGGCGGGGCUCGCGGCGCUCAGCGUGGGCCAGCUGCGGCGGGAGGUGCUGCGGCUUGCCAAAGAACGUGCGUUUCUGUUGGCGCUGGUGAGAGAGGACGGUCGGCUUGGGAAGCGGCGGGCGGAGGCCGUCCACGACCAGUACCGCCACGAGAUGCGGGCCUUGCGCUCGAAGAAAGGGGAGUUGGAGCGUUUGGUGCAGGAAGAGGCAAGUCGCACGGAAGAAGAGCAGGACAGAGGACGGGUAGUCGAACAAGAGGUGUGCAGCUUGCGGGAGGAGCUCAAGAAAGCGGAACAGGAAUGGAAAGAGCGCGUGGAUGCAGCGGUGCAGGAGAAAGAGUCGGCGCUGUCGGAGUCUUCGCGCGAAGCGUCUCAGUCGGCGACCAAGGCGCGGGAGCGUAUCUCUAGGCUGGAAGCGGAGCACUCCCUGGCCCUCAGAGAGAACGGAAAGUCCUCGGUGCGGCAGAGGGCUCUCGAACGCGAGCUAGCUCGAAUCAAGAGCAGCAUGCAGGCCGAAGCCACGCUUGAGAAGGAGGCCCUCGAGGAGCGGGUGCGCACGGGGGAGUUAAAGCUCGCCACCGCUAGGCGAGAGCGAAACGCACUGUUAGCCGCCCUGCGAGACCUUCAGGGGCGGAGACGGUCCGGAUCUGAUCGUCCCCUGUCCCCCAUCGCGCCGUCGGACUUGGAAACCCAGCAUGGAGGGGGGGGCAUGGCGAUACAGGAGCUCGACGAUGCUGCGGACUUUGGCAGUGCCGUUACUGGUGGCAGGAGCGUUGGUCGUCGUGGUGGUAGGGCUGUUGGGGGGGAGGCGGAGGUUCGCGGACAAUCGCAGGCAGCAGCACAGGUUGUUACCGCUCUGGGCAGCAGAGUCGAGGUCACCCGACAACAGGCUCGGCCUCCUGAGUUUGUAGAAUCGAGGGCAUCGGGAGGGUUUAAAGAAGGGGAUGGUGCGAUAGACUCGGGAGAACGGGGGAUGGGGGGGUCGAAGGGUAUGGGUAGUCCAGGAGCGCCCGCGGGUGAAGGUGGUGGGAGAGCAGCAUCAUUGUCGGCGCGAUUGGAGGCGCUUGCGCUUCAGACACAGCAGCUGUUGGAGGAUGGUACCGAUAGUAGUGAUGACUCCGGGUGAACUGGGAGGUAAUCGUCCCAUUCUUGCCGGGUGUGGGCCUCCAAAGUGUAACUGGCCGGCUCCCGUAAUUCGGCUUUGCAGUUUGAUGGGUUGUUUGCGCAGACCUCUGCGAUAGGCUCAAAUGAAACCCUUCUGUGGGUAUCUAUCUCGUGACGGACAGGUCGUGA